AUGCGGGAGAUCUCAGACAGUGAAGCUUCCGCGCCUAUAUAUUACCUGCCACACCAUGGCGUCGAAAAGGCAGAAAGUACAACAACGAAACUGCGAGUUGUUUUCGACGCCUCAUGCCGCACUGAUACCGGAAUCUCAUUGAACCAGGCUCUCAUGGUGGGCCCAGUUAUCCGCAAGAUGUUGUCAAUUAUUUUACGCUUCCGGAUGCAUCGAUAUGUCAUUAUCGCCGACAUCGAAAAGAUGUUUCGCAAAAUACGUGUGCACCCGUCGGAUUACCCACUGCAACGUAUUCUUUGGCGUUGCUCAUCGUCUCAGCCCCUUCGUACUUUCGAACUUACGACAGUGACUUAUGGCACGGCCUCUGCUCCUUACUUGGCAACCAAGUGCCUUCAACGGCUGUCGGAGGAUGGAUCGAAUGAUUUCCCUCUUGCUUCUUUAGUCCUAGGUAAGGACUUUUAUAUGGACGAUAUGCUGACCGAGGUUGACAAUGAAGCUGAAGGGAGUGAACUGUGUCGACAACUGUUGCAGUUGCUCCAAUCUGCCGGUUUGAGCCUGCGUAAAUGGUCUUCGAAUUCCUCGACUAUUCUUUCGGAGAUCCCACCCGAACUUCGUGACGAACGAAGUACUCUAGCUCUUGACUCACCCAUCACUCAAAUCAAAACUUUGGGCUUGCAUUGGCAGCCGUCCGACGAUGUGUUUCGUUAUUCCGUGCCCAAAUGGUCUCAGGACGGACCGAUUUCUCGCCGUAUUGUACUGUCCGACACAGCUCGGCUCUACGAUCCUCUAGGGCUUAUUGGUCCAGUUGUAGUGAUCGCCAAACUUUUCGUACAAACCCUCUGGCGAACUUCUAAGAACUGGGAUGAUCCGCUAGACGAGGCCCAGCAGCAGCAUUGGUUGGAGUUUCGUAGCAGCUUAGAUAAAUUAGCCACAAUCGUUAUUCCGAGAUGGGUUCACACCAGUAUAGAAUUGAAAACCAAUUCCAUAUUCUGGAUAGACUCGAUGAUUACUCUGCAUUGGCUUAGUUCGAGUCCAUCACGAUGGAAGACGUUUAUUGCUAAUCGCGUCUCGGAAGUGCAGCAUUUAACAAGUGGAGGUGUAUGGGCUCAUGUACCUGGCAUCGAGAAUCCUGCGGAUAUAAUCUCCCGAGGAAUGUAUCCAGAUCAACUGAAGCAAACAUCUCCGUGGUGGAGUGGAGCACCAUGGCUUAGCCGAUCCUCUCGUUUUUGGCCACCGCUAACCUGUCCAAUUACCGUCGAUUCCCUACCGCUAGAACUGCUGGAGGAAAAGGCUGUCUCAUUGCCAAUUCAAGUGUACCAGCCAAAUGAAAUUUUCUUCAUUCGAUCAUCGUUCUCAGCUCUCGUUCGUAUUGUUGCCUUACUUUGCCGCUUCAUUCAUAACAGCAAGCCCAACAACCGCAGUAGUAGGAGAUCAUGUUUACUAUGCACGAUGGAGCUCAAUGAAGCCGUGAAGGUCCUUGUUCGACUAGCACAGUCAGAAGUAUUCGCUCAAGAUAUCGCAGCAGUGUCCAAGGACGGUCAAGUGGGACCGAAAUCAGCUCUGAAACAUCACACUCCAAUUAUCGUCGAUGGGAUCCUCAGAAUUCGUGGCCGACUUCGACAUGCGGCCAUAUCUCUAGAUCGGAAACAUCCAAUGAUUCUGCCGGCGCGACAUCCCAUCACGAAAUCAAUACUUAACUACUAUCACCUAAAGAAUUUACACGCCGGACCACAACUGCUUGUAGCAUGCGUUCGGGAAAAAUUCUGGCCACUUCGCAUCCGCGAUUUGGCACGAAGCGUAGUGCAUUCCUGCAUAAGCUGCUUUCGUUGCCGUCCUCGCAACCUCGAGCAACUCAUGGGAGAUCUACCUCCAGACAGAGUUAUCCCAACGUUGCCCUUCCUUAACACUGGAGUAGAUCUCUGUGGACCAUUUCUAUAUCGUAGCAGCAAAAGAGCGACUGCUAUAAAGUGCUACGUAGCAAUCUUCGUGUGCUUUGUCACAAAGGCAGUUCAUAUAGAGCUUGUCUACGACCUCUCCACUGCGUCGUUCAUAGCCGCGUUGCAUCGGUUCAUCGCUCGUAGAGGGAAGCCAAAUCAAAUAGAGUGCGACAACGCCAAAAACUUCGUGGGAACUUCAAGAGAACUGGGAGAACUCGCCAAGCAGUUCCGUUCACAGCAGCAUCAAGAUGAAGUAAUCAACCGCUGUGCAGAUAACGGAAUAUCCUUCAAAUUCAUCUCGCCACGCAGCCCAAAGUUCGGUGGCCUUUGGGAGGCGGCGGUUAAAUCGUUCAAACAGCAUUUGCGUCGUUCCGUUGGAAACUCUGUACUAUCACAGGAUGAGUUUGUGACACUUCUGGCCCGCAUCGAAGCUUGUUUGAACUCAAGGCCGCUCACACCACUCACAGCUGAUCCAAAUGAUCUGGAGGUAUUAACACCGGGUCACUUUCUCGUAUUUCGUCCACUGACAUGCUUUCCCGAACCUGACCUCUCCGGUGUCCCGCAAGGCCGACUUAGCCGUUGGCAAGAAAAUCAACAACUCCUUCGGCGACUCUGGAAGCAGUGGACAAAGGACUAUCUUUCUGGACUCCACCCCCGAACCAAGUGGACGCGCAUCAGAGAUAACAUCUCCAUCGGCACGAUGGUUCUUCUAAAGGAGGAUAACCUCCCGCCUCUAAAAUGGAAGUACGGUAGAAUCACCAACAUCAUUCGUGGAGACGAUGACAACAUCCGCGUAGUCGACGUACGGACAGUAGAUGGAGAAUAUCGGCGUGCAAUCUCGAAAAUAUGCGUCCUUCCUACUCGUCAACCCACAACCGAGUCAACUGGCGCUGCCAGUAUGAACCCAGAUGACCUCUAA